CGACAGCCGCUUCACUGCGAAGCUUUUCACAGCUUCAAAAUGGCGGACAAAGAACCAAAAAAAGACGUAGCUCCUACGAAUCCCAGAGGCAUUCCCUAUGCACCUUUCGUCGACAAGGUCGAGGACUAUGUCACUUCACGCGCAGACGUCGAGGCGACCUUGAAGAACUUUCAAGAAAUGAUAUCGAAAUAUCAGUUCAUGGAAGCCAACCAACAACGGCGAGCUGCAGGCCUGAAGGACAAGAUGCCGGACAUCCAAAAGACCUUGGACACUGUGCGGUUUUUGAAGUCGAGAAAACCUGGUUCGGAUCCAAUAGAAGCUACCUUUGAGCUUAACGACACCCUUUAUGCCAAGGCACAUAUCCCACCGACUGAUGAAGUAUACCUGUGGCUAGGAGCCAACGUUAUGCUGUCAUAUCCUAUUGACGAAGCAGAGGAACUGCUUUCCUCGAAACUUGCCGCUGCGAAGCAAAGUCUAGAAAAUUGUGAGGAGGAUCUUGACUUUUUAAGAGAGCAAAUUACGACCAUGGAAGUUGCCACGGCACGAGUCUACAACUGGGAUGUCACGAUGAAACGGAAAGAAAAGAAUGAACAUGGUGCACUGGAAGAUGUGGCGAAGGAUGGGACCCCAAAUGGAUAGAUGACUGGUUAAUGACGAAAUAAAGCACCUGAAUCAAAAGGACGCCUCACUUGUGGUAGUACAAGUUUCUUAAGAAAUGUCAACCACUGAAGACUCUUGAG